UUUUUUUUUUUUUUUUUUAAUCCCCGCACCAAGCACUUAACCUCAUUGGGGUGGAGGAGAAGGCGGCGGCUGUCCGGUCCGCAGCCCCAACAGUAGUGAAUAAUAGAGCCAAUGGACUGCUGAAUUAUGAAGUAUGUCAGACUUAGCCGAAGACCAUCACUCUGCCACUCUCUCCUUGAUCGCCUACUAGUUAUUUAAAUUGGACUUUUAAUACCCUACCAGCUGCUCUUCAGACACACAUGGUGCAUUGCUGCCAUUCCCCGGAUUGCAUCUUUGAAACACACGCUCUCAGUAGACUUCGGCGAACAAAGAGGCCACCUCCCGGUACAGCUACCGGGAGGGAGUCAUCCUGACUGCCCGCUAGCCUUGGCCGGAUCUGGAUUUGAAUUCUACCAUGGAACCUCGAAUGGAGUCCUGUCUGGCCUUGGUGCUGCAGAAGGAUGUGGGGAAACGGCUGCAGGUUGGCCAGGAACUCAUAGACUAUUUCUCAGACAAGCAGAAGUCUGCUGACCUUGAACAUGACCAGACCAUGUUAGAUAAGCUUGUGGAUGGACUCGCUACCUCUUGGGUGAACUCUAGCAAUUACAAGGUGGUUCUCCUGGGCAUGGACAUCCUGUCGGCACUGGUGACAAGGCUGCAGGACCGGUUCAAGGCACAAAUCGGCACAGUGUUGCCAAGUCUAAUAGACAGACUGGGAGACGCUAAGGACUCCGUGAGGGAGCAAGACCAAACCCUGCUGCUAAAGAUCAUGGAUCAAGCUGCUAACCCCCAGUAUGUAUGGGACAGAAUGCUCGGAGGCUUCAAACACAAGAACUUCCGCACGAGAGAGGGCAUCUGCCUCUGCCUUAUUGCAACACUCAAUGCCUCUGGGGCACAGACUCUAACACUAAGCAAGAUUGUGCCACAUAUAUGUAACUUACUGGGAGAUCCCAACAGCCAGGUUAGAGAUGCAGCAAUAAACAGCCUGGUGGAGAUUUACAGACAUGUAGGCGAACGCGUGAGGGCCGACCUCAGUAAGAAAGGGCUGCCACAGUCCCGGUUGAAUGUCAUUUUUACAAAAUUUGAUGAAGUCCAAAAGUCUGGAAAUAUGAUACAGUCUGCAAAUGAUAAAAAUUUUGAUGAUGAGGACUCUGUGGAUGGAAACAGACCUUCUUCUGCCAGCUCCUCCUCAUCCAAGGCUCCAUCUAGUUCCCGGAGGAAUGUUAGCAUGGGGACUACCCGUCGACUCGUGUCUUCUAGUCUUGGAUCUAAGUCUUCAGCUGCAAAAGAAGGCGCUGGUGCCGUGGAUGAAGAGGAUUUUAUUAAAGCCUUUGAUGAUGUGCCCGUAGUACAGAUUUACUCUAGCCGAGACCUGGAGGAGUCCAUAAACAAAAUUAGAGAGAUCCUAUCAGAUGACAAGCAUGACUGGGAACAGAGAGUCAAUGCCCUAAAAAAGAUGAGGUCAUUGCUCUUGGCUGGGGCUGCUGAGUACGAUAACUUCUUUCAACACUUACGCCUUCUGGACGGAGCCUUUAAACUCUCUGCUAAGGACCUGCGGUCUCAGGUGGUGCGGGAAGCUUGCAUCACCUUGGGGCAUCUGUCAUCAGUUCUGGGAAAUAAGUUUGAUCAUGGAGCUGAAGCCAUUAUGCCAACUAUCUUUAAUUUAAUCCCAAACAGUGCCAAAAUUAUGGCUACUUCUGGUGUUGUAGCUGUUAGGCUAAUUAUUCGGCACACACACAUCCCUCGGCUAAUCCCUGUCAUAACAAGCAACUGUACCUCUAAGUCUGUGGCAGUUAGAAGACGCUGUUUUGAAUUUUUAGAUUUACUAUUACAAGAAUGGCAGACACAUUCACUAGAAAGACACAUAUCAGUAUUAGCUGAAACCAUAAAGAAAGGGAUACAUGAUGCCGACUCUGAAGCAAGAAUAGAAGCCAGAAAAUGCUACUGGGGUUUCCACAGUCACUUCAGCCGAGAAGCAGAGCACCUGUACCACACAUUGGAGUCCUCCUACCAGAAGGCCCUGCAGACCCACUUGAAGAACUCGGACAGCAUUGUGUCCCUGCCUCAAUCAGACCGAUCUUCUUCCAGCUCUCAGGAGAGCCUCAACCGGCCCCUUUCUGCCAAGAGAAGUCCUACCGGCAGCACCACAUCCAGAGCCUCUACAGUCAGUACCAAAUCUGUGUCGACGACAGGAUCCCUCCAGCGGUCGCGAAGUGACAUUGACGUGAAUGCAGCAGCCAGUGCCAAAUCCAAAGUCUCCUCCUCCUCAGGCUCCACGGCCUUCAGCUCUGCGGCAGCCUUGCCUCCUGGGUCCUAUGCAUCUUUAGAGUCCCGACACGUGAGGGAAGACUUGGAAUACGUAGGCCUGGAUGCAGGUCGGAUCCGCACGAGACGGCAAAGCUCGGGGAGUGCCACCAAUGUCGCCUCCACACCCUCGGAUAGUCGGGGCCGCAGUCGCGCCAAAGUGGUUUCACAGUCUCAGCCUGGCAGCCGGUCGAGUUCCCCUGGGAAGCUGUUGGGAAGUGGCUAUGGUGGACUUGCUGGGGGAUCGUCCAGAGGCCCACCUGUAACUCUGUCUUCAGAAAAGCGAAGCAAGAUCCCCAGGAGUCAGGGAUGUAGCCGGGAAACAAGUCCUAACCGGAUAGGAUUAGCACGGAGCAGCCGUAUCCCCAGACCCAGCAUGAGUCAGGGGUGCAGCCGCGAUGCCAGCCGUGAGAGCAGCCGCGAUACAAGCCCUGCUCGGGGCUUCGCUCCGCUCGCCUCUCGACGUCACUCCCGGUCCACUAGCGCUCUCUCCACUGCUGAAUCUGUUGGGCAGUCAGAUCGGUUUGGGCUGGGCCAGUCAGGAAGAAUCCCUGGUUCCGUGAAUGCCAUGCGAGUAUUGAGCACCAGCACAGACCUAGAAGCUGCAGUGGCUGACGCGCUGCUGUUAGGAGACGCCAGGAGCAAGAAGAAGCCUGUGAGGAGAAGGUAUGAGCCCUACGGAAUGUACUCUGACGAUGAUGCCAACAGCGACGCCUCCAGUGUGUGCUCUGAGCGCUCAUACGGCUCCCGGAAUGGUGGCAUUCCUCAUUAUCUGCGGCAGACCGAGGAUGUAGCAGAAGUUCUCAAUCACUGUGCUAGUUCCAACUGGUCGGAAAGGAAAGAGGGGCUCCUGGGCCUGCAGAACUUACUGAAGAGCCAAAGAACACUGAGUCGAGUAGAAUUGAAGAGAUUGUGUGAGAUUUUCACCCGAAUGUUUGCUGACCCUCACAGCAAGAUUGCUGAUUCAGAAGCAGAAUGUGAGGAUAAAGAAGGAAAUUUGUUGCCAUCAGAAGGCUCUUGUCCAGUGAGUUGGAGUAUGUUUUUGGAGACCCUCGUGGAUUUUAUAAUCAUUCAUAAGGAUGACUUGCAAGACUGGCUUUUCGUCCUUCUCACACAGUUACUUAAGAAAAUGGGAGCAGACUUACUUGGAUCUGUGCAGGCGAAAGUUCAGAAGGCACUGGAUGUCACCAGGGAUUCUUUUCCAUUUGAUCAACAAUUUAACAUUUUGAUGAGAUUUAUUGUGGAUCAGACUCAGACUCCAAACCUCAAGGUAAAAGUCGCCAUCCUGAAAUACAUCGAGUCUCUGGCCAGGCAGAUGGACCCCACAGAUUUUGUAAACUCCAGCGAAACAAGGCUUGCUGUUUCUAGAAUCAUAACGUGGACUACAGAACCAAAGAGUUCAGACGUGAGAAAGGCUGCACAGAUUGUGCUCAUCUCUCUGUUUGAAUUGAACACUCCCGAAUUUACCAUGUUACUUGGUGCCUUGCCAAAAACAUUCCAGGAUGGUGCCACCAAACUCCUGCAUAACCACCUCAAGAACUCCAGUAACACCAGUGUGGGAUCUCCAAGCAAUACCAUUGGCCGGACGCCUUCCCGACACCCCAGUAGCAGGACCAGCCCCCUGACCUCACCCACCAACUGUUCCCAUGGGGGACUAUCUCCAAGUCGGUUGUGGGGUUGGAGUGCCGAUGGGCUAUCGAAGCCCCAACCUCCCUUUUCUCAGCCUAACUCCAUUCCCACCGCUCCCUCCCACAAGACUCUCAGGCGCUCUUACUCUCCCAGCAUGCUGGACUAUGAUACAGAGAACUUGAACUCUGAAGAAAUCUACAGCUCUUUUCGUGGAGUUACAGAAGCCAUCGAAAAGUUCAGCUUCCGAAGCCAAGAGGACCUGAAUGAGCCAAUUAAGCGAGAUGGCAAGAAAGAUUGUGAUCUUGUGUCCCGAGAUGGGGGAGCAGCCUCACCUGCCACUGAGGGCCGGGGCGGUGGAGAGGUGGAAGGAGGCAGGAUGGCUUUGGACAACAAGACCUCCCUGCUCAACACACAACCUCCACGUGCCUUCCCGGGGCCACGAGCACGGGAAUAUAACCCAUAUCCCUACUCGGACACCAUCAACACCUAUGACAAGACAGCUCUGAAGGAGGCGGUGUUUGACGAUGACAUGGAGCAGCUCCGAGAUGUGCCCAUUGACCACUCGGACCUGGUGGCUGACUUGCUGAAGGAGCUCUCUAACCACAAUGAGCGUGUGGAGGAGCGGAAGGGCGCACUACUGGAGCUGCUCAAGAUCACCAGGGAGGACAGCCUGGGCGUGUGGGAGGAGCACUUCAAGACCAUCCUGCUGCUGCUGCUGGAAACUCUAGGGGACAAAGAUCAUUCUAUUCGAGCUCUGGCUCUGAGAGUUUUACGGGAGAUUCUGAGAAACCAGCCAGCAAGAUUCAAAAACUACGCAGAACUGACCAUCAUGAAGACUCUGGAAGCCCACAAAGACUCCCACAAAGAGGUGGUGAGAGCUGCUGAGGAAGCUGCAUCUACACUAGCCAGCUCAAUCCACCCAGAGCAAUGCAUCAAAGUGCUGUGCCCAAUCAUCCAGACGGCCGACUAUCCCAUCAACCUGGCCGCCAUCAAGAUGCAGACGAAAGUGGUAGAGAGGAUCACCAAGGAGUCCUUGCUGCAACUCCUCGUCGACAUCAUCCCAGGCCUGCUGCAGGGUUACGACAAUGCCGAGAGCAGUGUACGGAAGGCCAGCGUGUUUUGCUUAGUGGCAAUCUAUUCCGUAAUCGGAGAAGAUCUGAAACCUCACCUUGCACAGCUCACGGGGAGCAAGAUGAAGCUGCUGAACUUAUACAUAAAGAGGGCCCAGACCACCAACAGCAACAGCAGCUCCUCCUCUGAUGUGUCCACACACAGCUAGUGGCCAUGCCAGUCUGUGCAGAACACACAGUGGUGGUUGGGGCCUCUGAGAAGCUCCAUCAGCUGCCCAGUCCACUCGAGGAGGCCGCACAUAAUUUAUUACAAUCAGUAUUUUGGUCCCUUCCAGCUUUUGUGUAGAAUUUUGCUGGUAUUGAAUGUAACAGAAGCCAGGCCUGUUAUGCAGUCUCCCUAGAAACAAAAGGACUGAGAAAUGAA